GGUGUUAUUUCUGCCUCUGCCACUCACUUAAUGGUAUGACCUUGGCCCUCAGUUUCCUCAUCUGAAAUACAGGACAAUAAGGCCUACCUCAAGAAUUAACGAGUUAAAAAAGCUGACGUGAAAAGUGCCUGCCCUUGGAAAGAACUCAAUACAUGGGGCUCCCAUUACAUUAUUGUCCUCACUGUUAUUAUUCUUUUCUACAAAUGGGGAUAAUACAAUAGUACUUAGCUCAUAGGGGGUUGAUAGGAUUAAAUGAGGCCACGCAUGUAAAACACUGGCACCGUGCCUAGCACCGUGCCUAGGAAAUGCUCAACCAACAAUAAGUAGCUGACGAUUUUGUUUAUCAACCUCUUUCUCUUCAAAGCACUGUUACAGAGUCGCAGGUUGGCACCGCAGGUCAGAGGGGGUCGGGGUGGGAGUAAAAAAAACAUUUUCCGGAGGCGGAAACCGGAGCGCUGAGCUGGGAAAGCCUUUGGAGUUCCGGCCCGCAAGGGACGCGGGGUGCUCAGCGCACUGCCCACUGGGGCGCAACGCGCUGACGCGGCGGUCACGGGCGCGGUCACCGGCGCCGCCGCGGCUCGCUCUGUCCCCUCCGAGGACCUCGGUUCUGGCUCGCUGUGCCUGCGUAGACUCGGUUGCCAGAUACCCGGCCCCUAUCGUUCUCUAGUGCUCCAGCUGCCUGGGUUGCCAAGGCAACGGGCGAAGUCCCGCCCCUCCCUACUCGGAGAGGCGCCAGGGCUCCCCAGGCCCACCACAAGAAGAGGUCCAGCGAGGAUGCUCCCCCUGGUGGGAACAUAGGCUAACGCCGCGUUGGAGGCGUGCGUCAGAAGCUGUUCCGGUCGGAAAGAAGAGAGGAGCCCGCUCUUCCUCUGCUCAGCUCCUAGCUCUCCAUCAGCACCGGAGGGGCUGCCACUGUCCACUCACCACCUGACCUGGGAGCCUAGGGGUGGGGGCUUGGAAAACAUCCCCAAGGCGUCUCAGAGAGGUCUACCGUGCUCCUCCCUGGUCCCACAUACCCUCAUACUUCAGCAUUUCCUCCAUGAUGGAUAUUCUCCGUGAGCCCUCCUCCCAAUUAACAUCAGCUGGGACUAUGGUACAGACCUCCAUGAGCCGGUCCCAGGUAGCCCUGCUGGGCCUGGGCCUGCUGCUCAUGCUGCUACUGUAUGUGGGACUGCCAGGCCCCCCUGAGCAGACCUCCUGGCUCUGGGGAGACCCCAAUGUCACAAUCCUGGCUGGUCUCACCCCUGGCAACUCUCCCAUCUUUUACCGCGAGGUGCUCCCGCUCCACCGGGCACGCAGGGUGGAGGUGGUGCUGCUCCAUGGAAAGGCCUUUAACUCCCACACGUGGGAGCAGUUGGGCACGCUGCAGCUGCUGGCGCAGAGGGGCUACCGGGCCGUGGCCCUUGACCUCCCAGGUUUUGGGAACUCAGCACCAUCAAAGGAGGCAAGCACAGAGGCAGGGCGGGCAGAGCUGCUGGAGCAAGUGCUGCGGGACCUGGAGGUGCAGAAUGCCGUGCUGGUGAGCCCCUCCCUGAGUGGCCACUAUGCCCUGCCCUUCCUGAUGCGAGGCCACCACCAGCUGCAUGGAUUUGUGCCCAUCGCACCCACCUCCACGCAGAACUACACCCGGGAGCAAUUCUGGGCUGUGAAGACCCCGACUCUCAUCCUGUAUGGGGAGCUGGACCGCAUCUUGGCUCGUGAGUCGCUGCGGCAGCUCCGCCACCUGCCCAACCACUCCGUGGUGAAGCUGCGUGACGCAGGCCAUGCCUGCUACCUCCACAAGCCGCAAGACUUCCACCUUGUCCUCCUUGCCUUCCUUGACCACCUGCCUUGAGCUCGCCCACAGCCCAGGCCCCAGGCCUGGCCUGAACUUGGAGGAUCUGGACCAGCCUCCCACCAAAGAGGCAGAGCCGGGGAUUGGAGGACAGAGGCCAGAGGGCCAGGCCCAGUGAGGAUCUCUCAUUUCAUCUCACAGGCACAAUAAAAAAAAAAAAAAGCAUUUUUGUCAUGUCUGG